AUGCAAGACCAAAGCCCUGAUCUGCUAUCUGGUAAAGCCGUUGCUGAUUCGAUUGCUACUCUAGCAGCAAACGUCCUUGAUGAAGGCUCAGAGCCCAUGAUUGAAGCACCCAUUCAUGUCAAUGUCUAUGAUGAAGAUAAUGCACUUAAGGAUGCCAGUAAAAUGCCUCCUGAACACUUCAAGCCAUAUAUGAGUAGUUUCAGAUUCAAAUGCAGAGAAUAUUUCCUUCAAUUCACUAACGGAGACUCUGAAGCUAUCCAUAGAUGGCAGCAAAGAUUCAGAACACCCUGGAGAGAUGAAUACUUCGCAUAUACUGCUUUACUAGGUUCUCACAUGUUUUACGUGCUUGGUCUACCCAUGCCUACUUGGGUUGGACAUUACGCAGUUACAAAAGACCUAGUAUACAUCCUGGGCUACUCGAUCUAUAUUACAGGGUUUUUCAAGGAUUACCUAUGUCUACCAAGACCUUUAUCGCCUCCAUGUCAUAGGAUAGCAUUGAGCAAAUAUACAACUAAAGAGUACGGUGCCCCUAGCUCACAUUCUGCCAAUGCAAUGGGAGCUACGCUCCUUAUGCUAUCCUAUUUGUGGGAAGUUCGGAAUAAUUACAGCCAGAUCUUCUGCAUCAGUUGCGCAGUAGCCAUUAUUUUCUACUACCUUACACUUGCCGUUGGCCGCAUAUACUGCGGUAUGCAUGGGAUCUUAGAUAUUUCUCUAGGCUCUCUAGUUGGCUUAUUCUGCUUCACUUGGCGAUUACUCUCAAGAGAAUGCCUUCAAUAUGAUCUUGUGAUCAGUAAUUGUGGUUGGUGGUUUCCCAUUACCGUGCCAAUUGUGGGAUUAAUUUUGCUUUUCACACACGUGAAGCCUGUGGAUAACUGUCCCUGCUUUGAGGAUACUGUGUGCUUCAUUGGCGUUAUUACUGGUAUCGAUCUAUCCACCUGGUUGUCCGCAAGGCUAUAUCCAAUUCCUUCACCUCUGGACAUUAUUCCUACAGCCCAAACUUCGGUUAUAAGGAUACUGCUAGGUUCAGUAAUUACAAUUCUCUGGAAAGGCGCCCUCAGCAAGCCAAUUGUCUACACACUGUUGAAGUUGGUCAUGACAGAUGAUCGAACACGCAGCAAUAGUGGUAGCCCAAUCGAAAACAGUACCCAAACACUCUACAAAGGUACACCACGAAUUCUAAUAGUAGGGAGAUUCAUUAUCUACGCAUCAAUCCCCAUUGUAGUGGUCCUAGUGUGUCCUACUCUGUUCCAAUAUGUCGGUUGUUAA